CACCGAGUGUGACUGUCCAAAAUUUGCCAGUCAGCUGUACGCGUUCCCCGUGACUGUCAGCAAUGCUGCUUGUUUUUAAUUUUGAAAUUAACGCGCUAAUUUAGUGUUUAAUAAUUAAAUGGGCGUUAAGGAACUGUGGAGCAUCUUAACGCCACAUGCUGAGCGAAAGCCAAUAUGUGAACUCCGCGGCAAGAAGGUCGCCAUAGAUCUGGCCGGAUGGGUGUGCGAAAGUCUCAACGUAGUCGAUUAUUUUGUGCAUCCACGGCAUCACUUGAAAAAUCUUUUCUUUCGUACCUGUUAUCUCAUCUGGGAGCAGGUGACGCCAGUGUUUGUGUUGGAAGGAGUUGCGCCCAAGCUGAAAAGUGAAGUAAUAGCCAAACGUAACGAGCUGCAAUUUCGUGGCGUCCGGCCCAAGGAUAAAGAUGCACCGGCGCCAACUCAAGCGGCAGCCAAAAAGGAUAAGGGCCGCACCCGCUUUAAUCACGUUCUCAAACAGUGCGAGAAUCUAUUGUUGUCCAUGGGCAUUCAAUGCGUUCAGGGACCAGGCGAAGCUGAAGCCUAUUGUGCCUAUCUCAACAAGCAUGGCCUAGUGGAUGGUGUCAUAAGCCAGGAUUCGGACUGCUUUGCGUACGGCGCGGUGCGCGUGUAUCGCAACUUUUCUGUGUCCACGCAGGGCGCUCAGGCUGCAGCUGGCGGUGCAGUGGAUAUUUAUGACAUGCAAACGAUUUGCGCCCACAUGGAUUUUGGCCAGAACAAAGUCAUUGUCAUGGCGCUGCUCUGUGGAUGCGACUAUUGUCCCGAUGGCAUCGGCGGCAUUGGCAAGGACGGCGUACUGAAGUUGUUUAACAAAUACAAGGAAUCGGAAAUAUUGGACAGAUUGCGUAAUUGGCGCUCUGAAACGGAUAAAUACAGCGCAUUGGAGCUGCGUGUCGACGACAAAUCCAUUUGCAGCAACUGCGGGCACAUUGGACGCACGCAAAGCCACACCAAAAGCGGCUGUGGCGUCUGUCGGACGCAUCGUGGCUGCGAUGAAAGCCUGUGGAAGGAACAACGGCUGUCCAUCAAGGCGGAGCUGACGUUGCGCAAGAAGGCGCUUGUAGAUGUAGACUUUCCCAAUGAAGAGAUUAUAUCCGAGUUCCUUUCUGAACCGCCGACACUGCCCAAAUUGAAGCUCGACUGGCGACAGCCCAACAUCGUUAAAUUUAUCAAGCAAAUUGGCCACCUUUUGCAAUGGCCAGAAAUCUAUUGCUUUCAGAAAUUUUUCCCCAUUCUUACACGCUGGCAGGUACAGCAGCCAAACCAAGAUAAGUGCCUUGUCCAGCCCCAAGAGAUCAUCAAGAAGCGUACAGUGAAAGGUGUCGCCAGUUUAGAGCUGCGUUGGGCAGACAGUCACGGCUGCUUCAAGGGACUUAUACCGCACGAUCAAAUUGCCGAAUUCGAGCUGGAGCAUCCAAAGGGUGUGGAGGAACUAUACUAUACUAUUGAGCCAUUGGACAUGUUGCAGGCUGCAUAUCCAGAUUUGGUGGCUGCUUUUAUGAAAUCAAAGGAGAAACCGCCCAAAAAGGCAGCGACGCGCAAAAAGAAGACACCGCUUAGUGCUCUUGAGAAUCUUUCAGCCUUGGCUGCAGCAACAGAAGAGAUUAUCUCCAAACCCAAACGAGGAAAAAAGAAGAUGCCAAUUGAGCCAGCAAAGCAAGGACAAAAAACUAUGAAGCAAUUUCUUAAACAAAAUAAGGACACACCAGUCAAACCCGUUCGUCAGCUCGUUACCCAAUGCUCCACGCCUCUCAACAAAAAUUUGCCCUCCGAUUUGGACAGCGAUGGUGAGUUUGAUAUGUCCGAUAUUAUCAAUGGCAUCGUCUCCAAUCCUCAAGCACUACCUGCUGUUACUAAGCACGCAGGUCAUAUGCUGCACUAUGAGGCGCUGGCAGAGGAUUUGAGCCUUCGCUUGGCGCAGCUGAGUUUGCACAAGGAUGACGCACAAACCCAACAAAGUCAACUGUUAGAUGAUGCAGAUUUGCUAUUGCAAAAGCGUCGAGAUUACUCAAUGAGGGAAGAGUGCGUGCCGUUGAGCAAACGCUACUCGCUGGAUGACAGCUUUGAUCUGUUGGUCAAGGGCGAGCUGAAAAAGGUGCCACAUUUGGUCAGGACGCCUAUAGAGCGCUUUAAACAGCAGCAUGGCCUAUCCAUUGCGAAAGAGGCUACUAGGACACUACCGUCGCCUCCACCGCCCAAGUCAACAGCUAACGUUAGCUACUUUUUCAAUCAAAGCGUCGACGGUGCCGAUGCUUUUGAGCAACUAAUGGAGACAAGUUUGGCGCACUCGCAACAGGAUUUGGUGAUAAUCAGCGACAGCGAUUAAGGUUUUUA